UCAAUUGCCGCAUAGAGUACUAAUGAAUCGAUUGCGAUGGCAGUUCGAAACAUUUCCAUACUCAUCAACUGAAUCAAUUUGCAUAUUUAAAACGGCACUGACAUUUAUAGACUCAAUCUUCGAAAUCUGGGGACCAUUACUAACGAACCGAUAUUUGUUGUGCAAUUCUCACGGAUCAACUGAAAUCAGCGAUGUGACGUAUUUUGUGGAAUAGAGCAAUUACUCAAGUCAUACUGCUUUGUUUUUUUCAUCUACCUUUUACCUUGAACAAUGAAGUUAUUAACUGUCUUCAUUCUAUACUUUGCUGUCUUUGUGACCAGUGGCCGUCAAGUCACUCGAUUGAGGCGAGCCGAAAACGAAGAACCAUGGGAAGUAUUUCACAACGCUGUUCAACAUGGUGAUGUGCAAAUAAUCGAAGAACUAAUAAGAAAUGGAAAGGAUGUGAAUAUCAGAAAUCGUUAUGGCUCCUCACCUUUAGUUAAAGCUGCUGAAUACGGUCAAUUUAAUGUAGUAGAACUGUUGAUAAGGAGUGGUGCUGACAUUAAUUGGAAAAAUAACGACGGCAAUAGUCCGCUGUUAGCAGCUUCUAUUGAAUGCCACGAGCGAAUUGUGGAAUUAUUGCUUAGAAAUGGGGCCAAUGUCAACAUUCAAGAUAACGAAGGAACGACGCCAUUGAUUAUGGCUUCGUUCAAGGGUCGAUAUGAUAUAGUUGAACUGUUGAUAAGAACUGGCGCUGAUAUUAAUUUAAAAGAUAACGACGGAGAAAGUGCAAUUUACACUGCCGCAUUUUAUGGUCAUGACCGUGUCGUUCAAAUAUUGAUUCAUAAAGGUGCAGAUGUAAACAUUACAGACAAGGACCGAUUUACACCAAUACAUGUAGCUGCACAGGAAGGUCAUAAGCGAACUGUGGAACUGUUACUUAAAAAUCGGGCUAAUGUCAACAGUCAAAAUAACGAAGGAAAGACGCCUUUGAUUUUUGCUUCGCAAUAUGGUCGAGAUAAUGUAAUUGAACUGUUGUUAAGGAAUGGUGGUGACAUGAAUUUGAAAGAUAACUACGGCCAAAAUGCAAUUUAUGCAGCCUCUCUUAAUGGUCAUCAGCGUGUCGUUGAAAUAUUAAUUGCAAAAGGUGCCAAUGUAAAUGUCACAGAAAACGACGGCUUUACACCAAUACAUGCAGCCGCUAAAAAAGGUCAUGAGGGAAUUGUGGAUUUGUUGCUUAAAAAUGGGGCUAAUGUCAACAGUCAAAGUAACGAUGGAUCAUCGCCAUUGUACAUGGCCGCAUUUAAUGGUCACGAUCGUGUCGUUAAAAUAUUAUUUGCAAAAGGCGCAAAUGUAAACAUUAUAGACAAGGACGGAUUUACACCAAUACAUGUAGCCGCUAAAAAUGGUCAUGAGGGAGUUAUGAAACUGUUGCUUAAAAAUGGGGCCAAUGUCAACAGUCAAACUAACAAAGGAACAACGCCUUUGAUUUACGCUUCAUACAGAGGAAGUCCAUCUAAUGUAGUCGAAUUGUUGAUAAGAUAUGGUGCUGAUAUUAAUUUAAAAGAUAACCACGGACAAAGUGCAAUUUACAUUGCUGCAUUUUAUGGUCAUGAGCGUGUCGUUGAAAUAUUAAUCGAAAGAGGUGCAGAUGUAAGCAUUAGAAAAAAGGACGGAUUUACACCAAUAAUUAUCGCUGCUCAGGAAGGCCAUGAGAGAGUUGUGGAUUUGUUGCUUAAAAAUGGGGUUAAUGCCAACAGUCAAAAUAACGAAGGAGCGACGCCUUUGAUUUUGGCUUCGUUCAAAGGCCGAGAUGAUGUAGUUGAACUGUUAAUAAGGAGUGGUGCAAAUAUUAGUUUGAAAAAUAACUACGGAGAAAGUGCAAUUUAUUUGGCCGCAUUUAAGGGCCAUGAGCGUGUCGUUAAAAUAUUAAUCGAAAGAGGUGCAGAUGUAAACAUUAGAACAAAGGACGGAUUUACACCAAUACAUGCAGCUGCUCAGGAAGGUCAUAAGCGAAUUGUGGAAUUGUUACUUAGAAAUGGGACUAAUGUUAACAGUCAAAGUAACAAAAAAACGACACCUUUGAUUGUGGCUUCGCAAUUAAGCCGAGAUGAUGUGGUUGAACUGUUGAUAAAGAAUGGUGCUGACAUUAGUUUGAAAAAUAACUACGGCGAAAGUCCAAUUUACAUGGCCGCAUUUAAGGGUCAUGAACGUGUUGUUGAAAUAUUAGUCGAAAAAGGUGCAGAUGUGAAUAUUAUAAACAUGGGCGGAUUUACACCAUUACAUGCAGCCGCACAGGAAGGUUUUAACCUAAUUGUGGAACUGUUACUUAAAAAUGGGGCUAAUGUUAACAGUCAAAAUAACCAAGGAGCGACGCCUUUCACGUUGGCAUCACAAAAUGGUCAUGAUCAUGUAGUUGAACUAUUGAGAAGAAAUGGUGCUGACAUUAAUUUGGGAAAUAACAACGGCUAAAGAUCAAUUUUGACCACCCUUUAUGGUCGUAACCAGUUCAUUCAAAUUUAAAUACUUUAAAUGUUUUGUUUUUCGCACUGUAUGUGUGAAAUAAAGCCCAUUUCUAAUUCAAAUGUAUGUGAGAAUAUUGUUUGAAUUCUACAAUACUUUUAUCGAUUUUGUUUGUCAUUCACUUUACAUUUCCUAUAUUUGUUUAUGUAUCUUUUCCUAUUCUAUUUU